UGCAGAGGAAACUGCUCCUGAUCUGGGUGAGGAAAUUGCAGCUUGGGCAGCUACCAACAAAUGCAAGCGGUCUGCACUAAAUGAACUACUAGAUAUUCUAAGGCGCCAAGGACAUCGCCUCCCCAAGGAUGCCAGAACCCUGCUGAAAACCCCUAAAAGAGUGGAAGUAGUUGAACUGUGUGGUGGACAAUAUGCCUACUUUGGUAUUGCAUCAGGAGUUCUGAAGGUUUUAUCCCAGAAUCCUGUUUUCCCUGAAGACCGAAUAGAUAUGUGCUUCAACAUUGAUGGUAUUCCACUGUUUAAAUCAUCAAGUCUGCAAAUGUGGCCAAUCCUGUGCAGUUUCCAUGAUUUUGCACCCUUCAUUGUGGCACUCUAUUGUGGAAAAGCAAAACCCAGCCCAGUUGAAGAUUACCUUUCUGAUUUUCUAUAGGAGUUGCAGCAACUUAUGCAAGAUGGCAUAGUCCAUAGUAGAGAAAGCACUGCAAGUGACUGUAAAAGCCUUUGUUUGUGAUGCACCAGCUCGAUCAUUCCUGAAAUGCAUAAAGAAUCACAAUAGCUACUUCGCUUGUGAGCGCUGCACAGUUAAAGGCACCUAUGUGGGACGAGUUGUUCUUGGUGCUACAGCGCCUGGUGUUGUUGCAAGGUCUGAAGCAAAAUUCAGUAGGACUUGCCUACAAAGACCAUCAAAUUAGGAAAUCCCCACUGACACUAGCUGGAAUUCCACGUGUUCGGCCAUUUGCAUUGGACUACAUGCACUUGGUGUGUUUGGGUGUAGUUAGGAGAAUGCUUCACUACAUGCAGAGAGGACCCCACACAUGCAGACUGUCAUUUCAGCAAAGGAGUGACAUUUCAGAUAAACUGAAGGCAUUGAAUGGAGAACUACCUAGUGAGUUUGCACGGCAACCUAGGACUUUACUGGAAUUAGACAGAUGGAAGGCUACAGAACUUAGACAGUUUCUCCUUUAUACUGGACCAGUGGUUCUAAGAAAAGUGGUUUCACAUGCUAUAUACAAUCACUUUCUUUCCUUGAUGGUUGGGGUGUCAGUCCUGUUGAAUUCAGAUGAUGCAGAGCGUAAGGAACACUUAGACUAUGCCCGAGAGCUACUCAUGUACUAUUUGAAGAAGUGUGAGGCUAUAUAUGGAAACACCUUCGCUGUAUACAACGUACACUCACUAAUUCACUUACCAGAUGAUGUGGAACACUUCAACUGUUCACUGAAUGGGAUUUCAUGCUUUCCAUUUGAGAACUACCUGCAGACUCUAAAGAAAAUGGUCAGACAAUCUCGCAAUCCUAUAGCCCAAGUUGCCAAGCGUCUAGCAGAACUAGAACAUUCUACAAAAUCUAGGCCUUUUACCAAAGAGAGCUUUACUCGCAUAUCCACAAGGCCAAGAGAUUGUUGUUUCAUCCUUCAGAACAAGGACUAUGUCUUUGUGAAGGAAAUGCAUGAAGAAGGCACCUUGGUUUGCGAUGUGCUACGCCAAUGCAACACAGAGAGUUUCUUCACUGAUCCGUGUGAUUCUAAACUGCUCAACAUCAUCCGUGUUAGAGAUAUCAGUAGAACUACACGUCGACUGAUCAGUAAACAUCAGUUAAUUCGUAAAGUUGUCUGCCUGCCAGCCAACCCUGGUGAAGCUGACACAGGAUUCAUUUUGUUCCCCAUGUUGCAUGAAAUAGAACGUAACUGAAUUGUCUCAUGAUGUGGGUCAGGGCGGUUUGGAAAGAGCCAAAUGGAGAGGAGGAGGGAGUCAUCCCAGAGGUUUGGGUGAAGGACAACAUGGUACACUGGCCACCAGGGGCUAAUGUAACUAAAGCAGCUAUAGAGAUGCGAACGCCAGCAAGUAGCUGGAAAAUGUUUCCACUGCUGAAAAUCAAAUUCAAGUCAAAUAAUCAGGAAGUGUGUGAGACAUUAGACCAAACAAGUACUGCAGAGCUCAGUGAGGAAGAAUGUGGUCCUGUCAAGAGGGUAUCAAAGAAAAAAAAUUAUCCAGGGUUUAUUUUAGAUGAGGAUGAAAGCAGGAUGAAGUGGAUCGGUGGGUUUUUGUAACAAAAAUAUUCAUAUUUCAAAAGUUACAAACUCAAAUCAGCAGCUUCCGGUGACAGCGAGUCU